AUGAAGGUUAAUUUUUUAAGGGUUUUGGGGAAGGGUUUGAUACGUGAGGGUGGUGAAGGCCACGGCAACGCAGUGGGAGAGGAGUACCAGGAAAAGGCUAUCUUCAUCUACUUGCUGCAAGUUUUGGUCAAGCUGGGUGGACUCGUUAAAAAAUACGGGACCACCCAGAAGGACAUAAGAAUUGGAGUAGAGGAGGCCCUGUUCGCAGCUCAGGGCCUCCAAAAGAAGUUGGCUAAUGUCGCGGCUUGGGGGUGCCCGCCUCCUGGAAACGCUGGGAAGCCGCAUCAGAGGGCCAGGCCAGAUGCAAUCCUCAUCAAGCCAGCUGAGGGUAAAAAGUACGCCGAGGUCCUGGCGCAGAUGAAAAAGGUGAGCCUGGACGAGCUUGGGGUGGGGGCGGCAUCGGUCAGGGAGACGAGGACGGGUGGAGUCCUCGUCAAACUGCGAAAGGCCAACGCUGAGCGUCACGAUGCGUUUGCGGCAGCGUUAAAAAGUGCUGUGGUGGAUGCUGGCGGUGUUCGCACCCUCGUCCCGCGUCUCGUCUGGGAAAUCCGAAAUGUGUACCCGACGGUGACCGAAGAGGAGGUUACAGUGGCGAUGAAGGGUCGUUUUGACGGGGCUGCUCUACCAGAGAUGGUCUUGCGGCUUUCGUCGGGAACGACCAGAGGAAACAGGGUCACCUAUAUUGAGGCCCCGGCAUCUGCGGCGGCGGUCCUCGACAAAAUGGACCACCUGCAGCUUGGCUGGGUCAACUGCAGGAUUUGGCCCAGGACUAAGGCCAAGCGUUGCUACAGGUGCCUUGGGUUCGGCCACAUUUCUCACCAGUGUGGUGGGUCUGACAGAACCGGGGCGUGCUUUAGGUGUGGCAAAAUCGGUCACGUGGCAUGGAGCUGCUUGCAAAAAGAAGCAAGCUGCUACUUGUGCGAGAACGUAAAUCCAAGGCCGGAUACCAGCCACGUCGCUGGGUCUGCCAGGACCGUGCUCGAACACGAUCUGCUGGACCAGUUUUCCCGAGCCCGGGGUGUGGAUUUGCUCUUUAUAAAUGAGCCAUCCCGCACGUUACCGGGCCGAGGCUGGUACUGCGACAGGACAAGAGGCGCAGCCAUCCUGAUUCGCAGCGAGAAGUUCUCCGUAUCUGAUACUGGAAGUGGAGACGGGUUCCUGUGGAUCAGAGAGAGGCUUGCCGAACUCGAGGAUACCGUCCAAGUGUGCAGGGAAAGUGGUGAUGUAGUCCUGGCCGGCGACUUUAACUCCAAGGCCAUCGUUUGGGGGGAGUCGAGAACCAACCCCAGAGGACGGGCGGUGUUGGAGAUGGCUGCAAGGCUGGAUCUCAUCGUCAUGAACUCUGGUGGUUCAGAAACGUUCAAGCGACCUGGAAACCGGGGAACGAUCAUCGAUCUCACGCUAGUGUCAUCAGAAAUGGUGGCACGGGUCUCCGACUGGCAAGUCCUGGAGGACUACACGGCCAGUUAUCACCAGUACGUCAGCUUCGUGAUACACGAGGAUCGUGGUGCAAACUCACGACAUGUAAACCAAAGACGCGUAAACGAAUGGAACGUUGCAAAACUCAACCGAGAUUUGCUACUGGAAGCCAUGGUUGGCGCGCCACCUCUAGCCGAUUUAAACAAGAUCAAAAAUCAAGCGGAGGCUGAGGCACUCGUGAGUGGCACGACGAGACGGGUCGAGGAAUGGUGCGACCGACACAGAACUCGCGAAGGCGCCAGGGCAGCUGCUGCCGCGUACAAGGUGGCAAAAAAAGCGCUGGUGAGGGCGAUCAAGGUGAGCAAGAAUCGGUGCUGGCGCGAGCUCAUCACAGAGGUGAAUAAGGACAUGUGGGGCCUGGGCUACCAGAUCGCGUUAAAAAGACUUCGCGGUUGA